GUUGCUCUAUAAAAGUGUUCAUUGUCAGUUACGAUUACUAUCGGUGAAAUUACCGGAAAGAAGAAAAAACGCAAUCAAAAUCAACCAAAUGGCUCUGGUCGAAGGCUUCGACAAUUUACAUUCGUUUGGUCCAGAGCAGUUACAAUUAAAGAUUGAAUUCAUCUCGACAGAUGCAUUUUAAAAUUCCCCAUUCAGUCCAGCGACAAGACUACCACUUCUUCUUUUUUCUCUUCACUCUUUCUAUUUAGUUGUUGCCAGUUUGUUAUGUAGAUUUCUUUUGUAUUCUCAUCACAUAAAUUUCUGUUUUUUUUUUUUUUUGGGAAAUAUUGAAAAAUUCCUAAAGUUUAAAAUGAACUAUUUGCUUAGUUCGAGAAUUGUAACGAUUCUUUUGAUCGUGUCAAUGUUAAAAACGUGCGCAUCGCAGGAUCUGCUCGAGGUCGAUUUCACCUCGACCACAUCGUUGAAUGGAACUACUGAAGAUUCUGUGAUAUAUUACCCUUUGAACGGGAGUGAAGCUGACCAGGAAACGUUGAACGAUGACGUCAAAAAGACAUCAAAUAUUUCUCACUUGAAAACGGAAAUCGCCGCUCCAAAGGACUGGGAGGAGAAUCGAGUUAAAUUAACUUUUCCCAAACUCCCCCUCGAUGAUCGGUACAAAAUGACAAUGUUGCACUUGGACAAGGGAUUCUUUAUUUUUGACUUUCUCCGAGUUUUUCUUUCGUUCGUGCAACCAUACGAUUUGCCAAUUGACAUCCUGAAAGACGCAGUGGAUCAUCGAAUAACGGCCUCGAAGUUAGUCUCCCAGUCAUUACAUAUGGAAGCCGCAUUCAUAAGUUUGAUAGGGAUUUGCGGCUUGUUGAUGUUCGUUACACCCAGUACUGAACUUUGGCUUGCAUGCCGUCCCACCAAACAAGAUUAUAAGCCACCACGUCAUCCUGGAGCCCUAUCGUUCCUUCUGACUAUCUUCGUGUUAAUCAUAGGAGUGUGCAUAAUAACAAUGAUUGUCGGCAAUGAAGCCGUUGGAGCUGGGAUUGAGAAAAUCCCAGUAGUUGUCGAGACGGCUCUUCAAGAUCUAGGAGAUUAUCAUGCCGGCACUACCAUUCAGUUGAGAAAAUGCCUCACCCAAAGUUUGGACGUGGCCAGUGAAGCGAUUCUGGUUGACAUAGACAAUGUUGAGGAUUUAUUGGGAAAACCGGUUCAAAAGGAACUUGCGUCCGAAACGGGGUUGGAUGUGGCUCUUGAUGCACUCUUAGAUGUAGCAAAUGCCACUCACGAACUCUCAACAAGAACUGCCACCUUAUUGAAAGAAGGAGAGCGAGCACGAAAUCUCGGAAUUGAAUUGAGUCGAGAAGCCGAUGAUAUCCGUCGAGAAUUGGAGGUUACAGCAAAGGGUUGUCCUCAGCAGGACCGAUCCUUAUGUGCAAUUCUGAAUCCUUCGGGUUUGGAUCUGAAUCUGGCCCUGCGACUCGAACGGCUAGUGAGAGACGAUCGACUUUUACGAUUAAAAGCCUCCUCGAGAGAAAAUUUAACAGAAGCUGGACGACAAGCUCGAGGGGAAUAUCUCUAUGUCCCUAAUCAUGUUUCAAGAAUAACGUUAGAUGCUCGAAAUCAAAUUCGUCGAGAGAUUAAUGGUAUACGUGCGAAAAUUUUUGACGAGGCACGUAAUAUUGAAACGAGCAGCACUGGACUAACAAAACAAUUGGAUUCUACUCGAAAUAUUAUUAAUCAAGCCAUUCCUUACAUUACGAUUUUUGAACAAAUCCGAUGGCUCGUUGGUGUUGGUACUGUAAUGUGUGUUUUGCUGGUAUGGUCGUUGCUGUUGGGAGCGAUUUGCUGUCGUUGCGGAACAUCCGAAAAUAGAGUGAGACCCACAUUAUUGUGCGCGGUAUUAUUCAGCUGUAUAAUUUCAAUCGCACUGUGGUUGGUCAUAAUUUGUGCUUUGGCUUUGUCAAGUCACACUGAAAUGCUUCUGUGUCGACCUCUUUAUGAUCCCGAAUAUCGGACGAUGGAAGCAAUUUUAGAAACUCAAGCAUUUCUCGGAAGGCGAAUGAGUGUGCCGCUAAAGGAUCUCUUCGAAAAAUGUCAGCAAAACGAAGCCGCUUAUCCAGCAUUUCAAUUGGGUAGCUCGAUAAAAUUGGACCAACUCACAGCUCACUGGACUUGGUCCGGAUUAUCGCGGUCAUUUUCUAAAUUGAAGGUCGAUCUCAAAGGUCUACGAAUUUUAACACCAAGUUUGCAACAUCGAUUGCAAAAUUUACUCUACGCUUGCAGUUCUAAUCUUACCGAACACAGAAUUAUGAUUCAGGGACCAAUUUUAAAUAAAGAUUUGAAUGCCCUUUCUGAUCAAGUGAGCAAUGUAGCGAGACAAUUGAGUGACAGAAAAGUGGCAAGGGAUUUACAGAGUAUUAGCACCUCUAUGCGAGAGUUAUUAUUGAGGAGAGUAAAACCUUUAAUGAAAAUUCAGGAUGAACUUGUUUAUCAACUCGCUGGAUUGCAAUUGCAAUUACAGCCCCUCCAGCGACAAGUGAAUCAAUCCAUUUCCCACCUGAAAACGAUCCAAUAUUAUAUCGACAAUCAAGGGGCGAAAAUCGCUCAAUUGAAAACCAAGUCGUACAUUGACAGAUUAGUCGGUUAUUUGGAUCAAUGGCGCACCAACGUCCUCUCGGAAAUGGGAAGCGGAAUCGCAAAAUGUAGACCCUUAUGGGAUAUUCUUCACGGGGUUCAACUCCUCGUGUGCCAGCAUAUUUUGGGACCUUUGAAUGGAUUCUGGUUUGCUAUUUUUGUUUGCGCGAUGACUUUAAUGGCAAGUACGCCGACUGCCCAUCUUCUUGCUGCGACGUAUAAAAAGGAGCCCUCUGACAAAAAGUCUCAUCUAAUACCACAGAGAAUGGAAAGUCCUGAUACUGUGAUUAUAGAUCGCGGUACGUGGCGCACACCAGAACCACCUCCUUCAGACGAUGGAUGGUAAAGUUUCGUGUAAGAAAAUUAAACACUAAGACAAUGACUUUAAUCUGAGAGUUUUACAUUUAUUUUCUCAAAUUAUAAUUAUCUAGUCUAUAAGAGUACAUAAAAAACUUUU